ACUGAAAGAAGAAGAAAAAAAAAAUCGGAAAAAUAGAUUACACUGAAAUGAUGGAAACGAAACUAGUUCUGCUGCUACUGCUGCUACCCUUCCUGCUAAUGGAUUGCGUGGCCGAUGGGGCGGAUUUCCAAAGUGAAAGCUGCUCGGACUCGGAAGCGCUCGUCUUCUACCGGAUCCGGCUGGUGACCAACUGGAGCAAGAAGCUGUUUCCGAAACAAUACCCGGAGUUCCGACCGCCGCCGCAGUGGAGCGUCACCUACGGCCAAUCCCACAACGACUCGUUCCAUUUGUUCCGAAUGAACGAAUAUGCGUCGCCGGCGGUUCAAGCUUUCGCCGAAUCUGCCCAUGCGCACACCUUGCAGGAGGAGUUGGCCCGUCAAAAUGCCAUUAUCUACGAUGAGUUCCAUUUGCCGAAAAUUACCAAAGGUGCUGGCUCUACCCAGGGAACAUUCUUCGUUGAUGGCCGCCAUCACAAAAUUUCCUUCAUCACCAAGAUCGUCCCCUCACCGGAUUGGUUCGUCGGACUGGACUCGUACAAUCUCUGCUCGGAUGGGAAUUGGCUUGACGACGUGACCGUCGAUUUGCACCCUCUGGAUGCUGGAACCAGCAAUGGAUUGACCUUCACUUCACCAAAAUGGCCAACGAAUCCAUCCGGUGUGAUCGAGAAGAUCACAGCCCGGUAUCCGAAACACUUUGCCAGUAGCUUCUUCUAUCCGGAAAUCAAACACCUCCCAGUCAUUGCGCAAGUUUCAUUCACAAAGGUUCAUGAGUACCACGGAUCCAACAAUGUACAGAAGAAGAUGAAGAAACUGAAGAACAAACAACGCAAGAGGUUGCUGAAGAAGUUGGCUUUGUUCAACAGGAAGCAAGAAAACGAAACCGUCAAACAGAUCAACGAUUGCGAGGUUAGCAAGUGGUCCGAGUGGAGCGCCUGUAGCCAGCUGUGUGGAUUGGGUAAGAGGACCCGCACUCGGGUCAUAGUGAAGCACUCGAAGGAUCAAGGUCAGGAGUGUCCCCACCUGAUGGAAACGCAGUGGUGUGGCUCGGCGAGGGAGUGCACUGAUAAUGAUAGCUACUUUCGGUGGUAGGUGUCACUACUGAGGAGGAGAGUGUUGAGUUGAUUAAAUUGUUGAAGCUGAAGUGAUUUGCACGGUA